GGGUUAUUGUCUCGCGGGACCGCGGCUGGCAGACGGGCUUUCGGGCGGCUCUGGGCAGGGAAGAGGAGUCGCAUGUGUCGCUUCAGCUGGCGGUAGUGGCGGGAGCGGAGGCGGCGGAGGCUGUGCGACCGCCUGGGUAACGACCCCUCGUGCCUCUCCCGUUUCCAAGAAGCUCGUAGAGAGCGUGGGGGAAGCUGAGGUUUGUGAAAUGGCUGCUGACAUUUCUGAAUCUGGUGGGCAUGAUUGCAAAGGAGACCUGAAGAGCAAUACCAAGUUAGAUGCAGAUUACCCACUUCGAGUCCUUUACUGCGGAGUCUGUUCAUUACCAACAGAGUACUGUGAAUAUAUGCCUGAUGUUGCUAAAUGUAGACAGUGGUUAGAGAAGAAUUUUCCAAAUGAGUUUGCAAAACUUACUGUAGAAAAUUCACCCAAACAAGAAGCUGGAAUUACUGAGGGUCAAGGUACAGCAGGGGAAGAAGAAGAGAAGAAAAAACAAAAGAGAGGUGGAAGGGGUCAAAUAAAACAAAAAAAGAAGACUGUACCACAAAAAGUUACGAUAGCCAAAAUUCCAAGAGCAAAGAAAAAAUACGUAACAAGAGUGUGUGGCCUUGCAACUUUUGAAAUUGAUCUUAAAGAAGCACAAAGAUUUUUUGCUCAGAAAUUCUCCUGUGGUGCCUCAGUAACAGGGGAGGAUGAAAUCAUCAUUCAGGGAGACUUUACAGAUGACAUAAUUGAUGUCAUUCAGGAAAAAUGGCCAGAGGUGGAUGAUGAUAGCAUUGAAGAUCUUGGCGAAGUGAAGAAGUGAUUUUGAAAAUUUGUAUUUAAUGAUCUGAACUGAUUGUUGAUAUGGCCAAAGGGAGAGAGGACUUUUAAAAAUAUAUAUAUUUAUCCUACAGUAAAACUGUAGCCUGCCCUCACCCUUGGCAUUUUCACUGUUCUAUACAAGGCUGCUUGUUUUUUUUUAUUGCCAAAGUCUAAUAAACAGGGGAGACUGUCAUGCUUAUGCAUGAAAUAGAAUUUAGUUAAAUAAAAAUUUUUGGUCAUUUGGUACUGACUUUUCUCUUUCUUUUUAACUUUAUUUUUGGGAAAACACUGUAGACUUUCUGUGGAAAGCUUUUCUAUUGAUUAUUUUUAAAUAAUCAUGAUUUAAUCAAAUCAUGGUUUUGUUUGUUUUUCAGAGCUGAGUAAUAUUUUAAAGAAUUUGAAUUUGGCUUCAUCACCAAUAAUAACUGUCUCCUUGCUUCUUUGGUGUGAUAGCUUUGAGAUGCUUGAGCAUCUCAGAGAUCUGUGGUUGAAUUUGCUUCAUUUCCAACCAAGUUCACUUUGUGGGCAUAUUAACAUAUUGUUGGAUAACAGUUGUUCAAGCUAUUCUGGAGAUUAUUUGGUAAAGUAUAUUAAAAGCCUUAAAACCA